UUGGCAUCAACUCUAAACAUUAUCAUAAUUAAUACUCUAUUUGCCCCUCUCUUCUACUGUUUGAUUGAUUCCUCUCUCUCUCUCUUUCAGGUGGAAGCAGCCUUGACAAAUGAUCCAGAUAAUGAGGAACUAUUAAAACUAAAGCAUGAUUUAGGGGAAGUGAUAGAACUGACAUCUGAUCUUCUGAGUGCAUCACAAGGAGCAAGUACAUCAUCAGCUGAAGCAGAAGUAGAAGAUACUGUCUCACAUCCAUGGAAUGUAGGAGAUAGAUGCUUAGCAUGCUGGAGCAAGGAACAACAGUAUUACCCAGCAACAAUAGACAAGAUUCAUGAUGAAAUCACAGCCACUGUUAUCUUUGAUGUUUAUGAAAAUGUGGAAGUUAAACAGUUAUCCAAAUUGAAAGACAUACCACCAGACUACAAGUCUAAUAUAAAACCACCAUCAGCAGACUCGGCUAUAUCAAAGAAGCAGUUGCUUGCCAAACAGAGAGAAUACAAGAAGAAGAAGCAACAGAAGAAGGCUGAUAGACAGAAACAACAGGAACAACUUCAUGAAGAUCAGAAGAAGUCAUGGUUGAACUUUAGUAGUAAGGCAACAAAAGGAAAGAAAGGCUUCACGAAGAAGAGCAUCUUUGCUUCUCCGGAUGUCACUGAUGGUAAAGUGGGUGUCGGCACUUGUGGGGUCGGAGGUCAACCAAUGACAAAGUUUAAAAUGCCAAAACACAAUGUUGUGAGAAAAUGAUGAAUGUUAAGACAAAGAAUGAUGGACUGAAGGUUUGAUAGCAGGCAUGGCAGGAAAGUGGAAAAUGGAAUGAUGGAUAGAAGGAAAGGUGAAGGUCAUGGUUUGGAAAGAAUAGAAUCAGGUACGAAGAUGAAUCAAAGGAGACACUUUAGAGAGGUAAGAGAAAAAGACCAGUUCACAUGAUGAACUUCAGGAAAGGUGAAUAGAAGGAAGGAGGCCAGGCUAUGAGAAGGCAAAAUUCUGGAAUAAAAAAGAUUGAUGGGAGACAAUUUGUAAGUGAGCAAGGCAUUGGCAUUAUUUAUAUUAAGAGAAUUUGGUUCUAAAAAAUCUCACAAAAUUAUUGAAACAAAGUUGUAAAUAUUUUUAAGGCAAUCAAACAAUCAUAAAAUUAUGACCACUAUAAAUACAUGGGAUAUUCAAAUGGGUAGUCUCUGUGAUGUCUGAUACUAGGGAGUCUUAGGGACAACUUCCACAAUUUGCUACUAUGCAUGGAAUGGUAAAAUUAUAUACAUUUUUUUUUCAAAGUAGAUUGAAAAUACAGUUCUUUAUAAUGACCUGCAAAAAUAUUUUGAUUACUAACGCAAGGGAUACAUGUAGGUGAAUACAUUCAGGAAGAAAGCAAUAAUUGAAAAAAAUAUAUAACUAAUAUUUUGUACACAUAAAUUAUGGGAGAGUUUUCCCUUGCAUUUUGUCACAAUGGACCUCCUUGAUUGUCAGUAUGAGGUGUAUGUAUUAUCAUUUCAGAAAUUCUUGUUCCUCAUGUGAUUUAUUGCACCACCCUGAUUUUCUGCUUUCUAUGUCCUAUAAUUUGCCAAGAUAUGAUUUUUGUCUCACCUGCAUAACAAAGUGAGACUAUAGGCCCCGCUAUUCGGACCUUAACCUAAGGAUAAGUUUUUUAAAUGUCAUCAUAACUUAGAAAAUAUAUGGACCUAGUUCAUGAAAUUUACACAUGAGAGUAAUAAAAUAUCACUGAACAUCCUGUUUGAGUUUCAGGUCACAUGGCCAAGGUCAAAGGUCAUUUAGGGUCAAUGAACUUUGGCCAUGUUGGUGGUAUUUGUUGAAUUACCAUCGUAACUUUGAAUGUUUAUGGAUAUAGUUAAUGAAAUGUAGACAUAGGGGUAUUCCAGUAUAAUUGCUCAUCUUGCAUAAGUCUUAGGUCACUUGAAUGGUGUUUUUUUUUAAUAAUUAUUUUAUAGUCAUUUUUAAAGUUAGCACUGCUGCUACAUUUAAUCGCCUAAUGCUGGCGAGACUGGUAGAGGCGCUCCACUUGUUUUUUUUUUGUUUUUUUUAUAUUAUACAAAACAAAUCCUUUUUAAUGAGCUUGAGGAUAACUACAGUGUCAGAAAAAAUAGCACUUUCAUAAUAUACCUAUUGUUUAAAGGUCAAGUCCACCUCAGAAAAAUGUUGAUUUGAAUCAACAGAGAAAAAUCAGACAAGCAUAAUGCUGAAAACUUUAUCUAAAUCGGAUGUAAAAUAAGAAAGUUAUGACAUUUUAAAUUUUUGCUUAUUUUUCACAAAAUAGUUAUAUGCACACUUUAGUCACAUGCAAAUGAGACUAUUUCUAUUUCACUAUUUCUUUUUUAUUUUAUUGUUUUAAUUAUACAAUAUUUCAAUUUUUACAGAUUUGACAAUAAGGACCAACUUGAAUGAACCAUAUAAUGUUAAACAAUGGCAAUUCCACAUGUUCAGGGUGAAAUAAAACUUUGUUUCACAGGACAAUGAUGAGAAAAUUAGAUUAUUUUAUAUAAUAAAAUACAAAAGAAAUUGUAAGUGAAGUCAUCAGUUCCCUCAUUUGCAUACUGACUGGAAUGUGCAUAUAACUAUUAUGUGAAAUUAAAGAUAAAUGAAAGUAGUUGCAGUGAACACUGAUUUCACGAGAAAGUCUGUAAAAUAAAACCAGGCUUAAUCGUCACUUUAUCAUCGAGGAUCUAGAUCUGGUACAGUUACGUAGACUCAACUUUGUGAAAUCUUGAAAUCUACGCUGAAAAUGUUCACACUGAAGAUCACCAACACAGAUAAGCGCACGUGGGACAGUGUAUUAUUAUUGCUUUGAAUGUCGGCCCGACGCUUGACCCGAAUCCCGUGCUUAUUUGCUAAUUUCUCAGCAAUUACACAAUUUCUUCCAGAAUCCUUUGGCACAUAUUUUUUAUUUUUACAGACACACUUUGGUGGUCAUUUCAUUGGAUUCUGUACGAACUCAUUUUGAAAUCGUUACCACUACUGGAAUUUAUCUUUAAGCAAAACUUUAAAAUUUCAUAACUUUCUUAUUUUAUAUUUUAUAUAAGUGGUGAUGGAUUUUGCGAUUUGUGUGUGUGUAGAGUGCUUAUUCUUGUUUCUUUCAAUACCAAAUUUGUUGGGACCCUAUUCACUGUUGACUAAACAGGAGUGAGUGAAGUUGACUGGUUGAAAACCCAUUUGUACCAAACACUGCAUUUCCUACAAUGUAAGUUGUUUGGGCACAGUGUCGUAGUGUUGCAUAAAGACAUGGAAUGGCCCCAAGUUCUCCUCACUUUAAACCCAGGGACUUGUUUGUUUGGGGGUAUCUGAAUUCAAGGGUGUACCGUAGCCCUCUACAGACCAUGCAGAAGAGAAUCACACAGGUAUUAAACAUUCUAAGGAAAUGCAUGCUUAUGCUUUGUUGAGCCAUGGUAGGGAUGCUAUAUUUUGUUUAGAAGAGCUCUGGCAGGCAUGGAGCUCACAUACAAGAUUCAGAGUAUGGACACUGUUGUUCAAAGUAAUUUGGACUAAGACAGAAUCCUUUAUUUUUGUAUCAUUUAAAUGUUGUAGUUUAACAUUAAAUAUUGAUAUGACAUAAUAUGAAUAAAAUGUACAAUGUUGCUGUUCUACAGGAAAUGUAUUUGUUUCCUUUUUAUUGAAAUGGUGUUGAAGGAUUAUGUUGGUAACAAAUUAAAUUAAGAUUGGAGUAUGUAGCCCCCCCCCCCCAAAAAAAAAAAUCUAUAUGACCCCUUCCGCUUCGUAAUGAGUAAUCUCAUUUUUAAAAUAAACUCUCAAGUAUCAGUAUGGCUGUAGCCUAUAAUCUAGACAGAAGCUGCAGAUUACUAUCUAUGCUGUUACGCUAAAACUAAGAAAUCUGUCUGGUGCCUAUUCACUUUCAUCUUGUUUUGCAUUAGUUGUAGUUUUUGACCAGGAUUUGGUGCAGGUUUUUCUUUUAAUUGCCACCAGAUAUUCAUUGAUAAAAAGAAAAAAAAAAAACGAAUGCAAGUCGUGGGUGUAAACGCGUUUGCUGCUUCGCAGCCAAUGUUAUUUAGUCAUCCACAUCAGACAUAUUGCUGACGUUUUGCUUAACAGCAUCAGACCCGUAAAGACAUAGACAAAAGCUGCAGUUAGACUUUGUCUAGAAUACAGGCUAGUAUGGCUCAUAAAGUGAACCCAUUCAGAGUGAUCAUAUGUCUACAUUUCAAAAUGUUCCUGAUGUUAUUUAUUAAUGUUUAUCCCGCUCAUGAUUGAUUGUGUAUAUAUAGGGAUAUAAUAAAUGCAUUUUCUUGAAA